AUGCCUGUGGUACCAUAUCAGCUCUUCCAUGAGAAGGAUGUGACACUGGUGUGUUUCAUGUCUGCAGCGACCGAUGCAGCUCUGUAUGCCUGCUUUUAUUUUGCCAGCAUCUACUUCACUCUUGUCAAGGGAUCCAAUGGUGACAAAGUUGGCCUCCAGCUUCUGUUCUAUGUCCCUGGCAUCGGCGUCGGCGUAUACACUGCCAUCCUCAUGUGCAACGUGUACCCGAGACAGACCAUUUGGCUCUUACUGAUUGGCACAUUCGUGGAGACAGGUAGCAUUGGAGCUCUUUCGUGGGCUAUUAGCGCUCGCAAAAAGACAGCCGUCAAUAUUCCCAUGGGUAUCGCCGGGUUCGGUACUGGCAUUCGCUUCAUGCUUUGA